UACUCUCCUUUAUGUUGAUCGACAUUUUUGUGCAAUGGACAGCAAAAUUUGUAGACCAUUUGUGUCUUUUAAUAUUGUUCUAGUGGAGAAUAUUGUUAAUGCACAUUAGAUGGCUGUCCCAACUGAUCCGGAAUGUCGAUGGAUAUAUCGAAUUCUUUACUACUAUUGAUCAUCAAUGUUUGUCUGAUCGAAUUUGUUUUCUCGACAGCCAACGCCACAUCCACAACUAAAUCUGCAUUGUCAUCAGAUGGUUGCAAUUCGGACAGGCUAAACCAUCCCGGCGAAAUCCGGGAUGAUCGAAGUGCGGCCGCCGAUGAAAAUGAGAACAAUACUUUGAGCAGCGGUGGUGAUUCCCAUAGUUCAGAGAAGCAAAAUCAGGAGAAUAACCUGCUCCCUCUGUAUAUUUAUAUCGCAACAAUUUUUCAUAAGCCCACCUUGCGAAUUCAUUCAUUAAUGGCGAUUCUUCAACUGCCCAUCAUCAUCAUUCUCAUCCUGGCUUCAGUCGUCUCUGCAAAUGCCGGAGGUGGCUGGAUCAAUGCCCACGCCACCUUCUACGGCGGCGGCGACGCCACCGGAACAAUGGGGGGUGCUUGUGGGUAUGGGAAUUUGUACGCUCAGGGGUAUGGUACAAACACGGCAGCGUUGAGUACAGCCCUGUUCAACAGCGGCCUGAGCUGCGGGUCAUGCUUCGAGAUCCGGUGCACCGGAGACCGGAAAUGGUGCCUGCCCGGGUCCGUUGUGGUCACGGGCACCAACUUCUGCCCGCCCAACCCGGCCCUACCCAGCAACUCCGGCGGGUGGUGCAACCCGCCCCUCCAACACUUCGACCUGGCGCAGCCUGUCUACCUCCGCAUUGCUCAGUACAAAGCUGGAAUUGUCCCCGUUUCUUACAGAAGGGUGCCUUGCAAGAGGAAAGGGGGCAUCAGGUUUACCAUCAACGGCCACUCCUACUUCAACCUUGUACUCAUAACCAACGUUGGCGGCGCCGGCGAUGUCCACGCGGCGUCCGUUAAGGGGUCGAAUCCACGCUGGCAGGCCAUGUCCAGAAACUGGGGACAGAAUUGGCAGAACAACGCCAACCUCAACGGGCAAAGCCUCUCGUUCAAGGUCACGACGAGCGACGGCCGCACCGUCGUCUCGCGCAACGUCGCACCGCGCAACUGGGCCUUCGGCCAGACCUUCGCCGGAGCCCAAUUCCGGUAGAUAUUUCGUGGUCACAAACAUCAUUAAAUUGUUAACGUUGUAUGGUAUCGUAUAUCUCUGUCAGAGUCGAGAUAUAGGGGGGGGCUAAUUUUUAAUGGUCCCUUCUUCGACGUUCUUGUUUUGAAAUUUUGAAUCGAGAUCAAUAUGAAACAAACAAGAAACUGCCGCAAUGUUCAUCGGCGGUC